AUGAUAGGUGCAAAAACCGUCACCGGCCAGAGCACCACCCUGGGCCUUGCACAGCAGCAUGAUGGAGUCGGCGAUGUCAAAGCGAAAAACCCCUUUUAUCAGGUGUCCUGCUGUGGUCCUGUUUCCUGGACCAGCUGCUGCCACUCUAGGCGGCCCUCUCUCACAGAGUCUUCUUGUAGCCGCCUGCUCUACAUCCUUCUCCAUUUGGGGGCCUCGGCUAUCUGCUGCCUUCUGCUGUCUAGAACAGUGGUAGAAAGGGUCUGGGGCAAAGCACAUGGGAUCCAGAUGCCCUCAGUGCUGUGUGCCCACCUGUUUAGCAACUUGGACUGUCCAGUGCUCAGUGGCUCUGGGGCUGUGUAUCGAGUAUGCGCAGGAACUGCCACUUUCCACCUGCUGCAGGCAGUGCUGCUAGUCCGCCUCCACUCCCCAACCAGCCCACGGGCACAGCUGCAUAACAGCUUCUGGAGCUUCAAGCUGUUGUUCCUGUUAGUUCUCUGGACCGCUGCCUUCUGUAUCCCUGAUGAGCAUCUCUUCCCAGCCUGGCAUUAUAUUGGCAUCUGUGGAGGCUUCACAUUCAUCCUAUUACAGCUGGUGCUUAUCACAGCCUUUGCCCACUCAUGGAACAAGAAUUGGCAGACUGGCGCAGCCCAAGACUGUACCUGGUUCCUAGCUGUAUUACUGACUACCCUAGGAUUCUACAGUGUGGCAGGUGUGGGAGCUUUGCUACUGUUCCACCACUAUACACACCCUGAUGGUUGCCUGCUCAACAAGAUGAUACUCAGCCUACACCUUUGCUUCUGUGGCCUCCUUUCUUUCCUCUCCAUCGCACCUUGCAUCCGCGUCAAGCACCCAAGCUCUGGCCUUCUACAAGCCUCUAUCAUCAGCUGCUAUAUCAUAUAUCUGACCUUCUCUGCACUGUCCAGCCGCCCCCCAGAGACAAUAACCUUUCAAGGACAGAAUCACACCUUGUGCCUGCCUGGCCAGAACAAAAUGGAACCACAAAUACCAGACACCUCGGUAGCAGUGUUGAGUGCGGGCAUCAUGUAUGCCUGUGUGCUUUUUGCUUGCAACGAGGCUUCCUACCUAGCUGAGUUAUUUGGACCCCUGUGGAUCAUCAAGGUUUACAAUCAUGAGUUCCAGAAGCCCUCACUCUGCUUCUGCUGCCCCCAAACAGUGGAGCCAGAGGAUGGGCAAAGUAGCAGAAUCAGACCAACUGACCAAGAGAGCCCACCAGCCGCCCAGGUGCAGAGCCAGCAUCUUUCCUACAGCUACUCUGCCUUCCACUUCACCUUCUUUCUUGCUUCACUCUAUGUCAUGGUUACCCUUACCAACUGGUUCAGUUAUGAGGGAGCAGAACUGGAGAAGACCUUCACUAAAGGUAGCUGGGCUACCUUCUGGGUCAAAGUUGCCUCAUGCUGGGCCUGUGUACUCCUCUCUAUGGGGCUGCUCCUGGCACCACUGUUGGCUCCCCACUCAGAAUCACCACCACCCCGGUAUCUUCAGGUAACACUGCCAUCACCUCAGUACUGCCAGGAAUAA